AUGAGGCCGACGUUUCGCUUAUAUAGGGGUUUCGUGGGAAGGAGUAUGGAUGAACUAAAGCGCUAUACCCAGAUUGCCGUUAAUCUCGAAGCUAUCCGUGGCCCGCAGGGCCCAUACGCCCUCCACGCCUUCGACAACCCCGAAUCCGUGAAAGAAUGUAAAAUAUUAUCCGACGCCGAUAUUGGCGGCUUCUCCCAGAGCCAUCUCGAAUGGCACCCUUCCGAAUCCUCUCCGCAAACAACCACCACUCUCAAAUCCCCAUCCUCCUCAACCCCCCACCUCCCCCAAACCGCCGGCUACGCCCGCUUCUACGGAGCGAUAUCCACAGAACUCCCCAAAGACCGCCCCGAGAUUCAGCGCACAGGCUACGCAGCCUGGCGCACGCCCGACCGCAAACCCACUAUAUUCGGCCGCAGCUACUGGAACAUCGACCCUUACGACUACCUCGCCAUGCGCAUAAAGUCCGAUGGCAGGAGCUACUUUGUAAACGUCCAGACAGAGUCCAUCGUGCAGACAGAUCUGCAUCAGCAUCGUCUCUUUGCGAAGAGGCCCGGUCAGUGGGAGACUGUGCUGAUUCACUGGAAUGAUUUCGUGAGGACAAACCAUGGAAUGGUGAUCGAGCCGCAGACGGAGAUUCUGAGGCAAAAGGUGAAGAGCAUAGGCGUGGGGUUGACGGAUAGGAUACCGGGGCCGUUUGAGCUUUGCAUCGAGAGGAUAUGGGCUACAAAUAAUCCGGAGGAUGCAGAUACGGAAGAUGCGCCGCCUAUGAGCACAGGGAGCCUGAAAACGCGCUCGGGAGAGAAGGUCGGGUGGAACCCUGGCUCAGAGGAGCCAAACACAAAGGAAUGA